AAACCAUUAUCUUUUUCAACUUGCCAUUCUCCGAUUCGUUCACAUCACUAAGCUCAGUCUCACGCCCGUCAACACCAGACCAUUGACAACAUGACAGCCGACAAGCGCGGUCCCCGCAUCCACCGGAUGACACUGUUCAAGAUUCCGGAUGAGACGAAUCAGAAGAGGUUGUUAGAUGCGUAUCAUGUUGUUGCGGAGGAACAGAAGAAGCUCGCCUCCCAAAAGGACGGCAAGCCCUACAUUCUGCAACUGACGGCCGGCAAGACCCUUCCCGACCAAAAGGCCCGCGGCUACACCGUCGCCUCGUACAUCGAGUUCGCAUCCAUGGACGACAUGCGCUACUACGACAACGAGUGUCUCGCCCAUGCUAUGCUGAAGGAGAUCGGCCCCAGCUUGAACUUGUCGGAGCCGCCCACUAUCUUGUGUUUUGAGAAGAGCAAUCUAGCGGCUGCGCAGGAGCCGUAGAGGGUUCAAGUUCUGGUUUGGGAUGGUGGCCGAGAGGAAUUUUGGGAGGAGAAGGGGAGGGGAAGGGGAAGGUGCAGGGUCGAGGUUGAUGUCUGAGCUAGAAAUAUUUGUUUCUUUUCAAGUUAGUUCAUUGAGCGUUGGGAAAUCAAUGGCUGACGAAGGAUACCUUUACUAGUAUAUUACAGUCCACACAGGUAUAAGAUGACGG